AUGACCCGCACUGGCACCACUGGCACCCCACCUUCCUACGACAUGUCGGACAGCACUCUCAAUUUUAUCGAAACAGUUCGAUACCAUGUCCCAGACAGUACCUCCCAGUCGACGAAUCUUCCACUUCCACCGGGCUGGAAUCAAUACGUCCACCCGAAUGGAGAUGUUUACUACCGGAAUAGUCAGCUGCGCUUGACCACUCCGGACAACAUUCGACGGCCACAAAUUUUGCAAUAUGUCCUAGAUGCUCGCGAAGAUCACCUCGAACUGCUAUCCGACGAUCCUAAUUAUCAGCGCCUCCCAGAUGACCUCGAGAUGACCGUCUGCGACGUCAACGACGCCACCGCGAUUAUUGGGCUGUACUCGAGGCGAGCAAGGCAAGCGUACGAGUGGAACGAACGUGCAGGGCGUAUCGUCGUGAGACCCAAGCAGCACUUUUGGUCCCAUGUCGCUGAAUAUCCUUCUCAUCACCGACACCUACCCCCCGGCGCGGAGGAAGAAUUCGUCACCGCCGUUCACCAGGCCCAAAUCCGGUUGAGGAACGGGGAAGCUUUCCCUUUCACUGAGCAGCAGCUCGAACAGAUCAAGGCGCUGUACGAGAGACACAGAGCUCGCGACAACAUCCCUGCUUUGGGCUGGCUCAUCGGAGUUGUAAUGCCCCUCGAGUCGGUCGUCAGUAGGCUAAACGGAGAGCUGGAAGCGAUGAUGGAGGACCUACAUGUAUGA